AUGGAAAUUGAUCGAAAUGUUGCGGACACCUACAUCGCUGAAAACUAUUUUCAUCGGAAAUUUGAAAAAUCAGAUGGAAAGUCUGUUUUCGUAAGUCAAUUGGUGUGUGGGGACGUAGGAUGUGUAGUUUGGGACUCGGCUAUCGUGAUGUUCCACUUUAUCGAAAAAAAUAAAUCAUUUUUUUCUGGGAAAAAGGUUAUUGAUUUAGGAUCAGGAACAGGACUGAUCGGAAUCCAAGCAGCAGCUUGUGGCGCUGAUGCAGUCAUAACUGAUUUGGAAGAAUUUAUUUCAUUAAUGGAACUUAAUAUCAAAAAUAACCUCCAUAUAAUUUCUGGUACGAUUGAGGCAAGAUGUCUAAGAUGGGGUAGUGAUGUUUCAGACUUGUCUAGCCCAGAUAUUUUGUUGGUAUCCGAUUGCUUAUAUUAUGACGAGAGUGUACUGCCACUUGCUAAAACGAUAAAUGAUUUGUCAAAUGAAAACACGAUUGUUUAUUUAUCUUACGAAAUCAGGGAAUCUGAAGCCAAAAAAAAAAUUGUAAAGGACUUUUUUAAUAUUAUCUCCAAGACGUUCACAGUGCAAGAUGUUCCGAAGCAUUUGUUAGAUGAGGAAUUUUGUUGCGACGACAUAAAGAUGUUGAAAAUGACCAAGAUCAAAUUUUCCUGAUCUGUUUAAAGACUGUCGCCAUAAACGUCAAAAAUUUGUGUUUUUUUUUGUCGUUGAAUUAGUUCGUAGUUUUCAAUAAUAAAGAAAAACAGAAUAAAAUAAAUUUAUUAAUUAGCAUUUAGUGUUAUUUGGUUGUUGAAAAAUGGUGGCUGUCUUCCAACACUGCACAGCUAUUAUUUAGCUUUAUUUCAAUGUUUUUAUGAUUUUUAUCUUUAUAUCGCAUCGCCGGUCCAGAUAGAAAUACAAAUGAGCAGUGGGAUGAUAACCUGAUGGCUGAGGUCGCCUGGUGCUGUUUCGCAGUUUGUGCAGUGACCGUGGGUUCUAACUCGACAAAAAGGUGCUUGUCUAUCCAGAGGCGUAGUUAGGGGGCGGGGGUACAUAUGUCCCCGGGCGCCAAGUACAGGGGGCGCCAAAAUGAGGCUGACAAAAUUUUCACAAGAGUAAAAAUCUUAUCACAAGCUUCAACAUGAGGUGUCAACACGUUUUUCUCGGCUAAAAGACCUGAAUAAUAAAUUUGGGUUUUUGCUGGACGUUAAGACUAUUCUAUCUGCCACAGAUGAGGAUGUUAUUCGUUUAAAUUGUACAAAUUUUUACGACACGGACAUCAACGGCUACGAACUUUUCAUCGAAAUUGUGAUUGCAGAAUGCUGCUCAGUAACCGAACUGAAGCUCUACCAGAAUGUCUUUUGGAUCUUCUCGGUUUCAUUGUGUUUUGUGGAAAUUACGUAUUUCCGAAUCUGCGAACUUCGCUACAAAUUUUAUUGACAAUAGCAGUUUUAAUUGCAAGCUGUGAGUGAUUGAUCACUCAGCAAAUUGAAACUUAUUUUUUCGUAUCUGCGUGCAUCAAUGGGACAAGAUCGUCUCAGUGAUCUUGCUCUUCUCAGUGUUGAAAGAGAAACAUUGGAAAUAACAGAUUUGAAUAACAUAAUUAAUUAGUUUGC